ACUGCAUGUUUCGGUUCACUCGAGGAUAUAAGAGCAGUCAGCGACUCCGCAAACACACAUGUUGUGGAUCAUGUACUGACGCCUCAAAUCUGUGUGUGAUUCACGACAGACAGAAUCAGCGCUUCACAAUCACUCUCGACUGCGACGGAGCAGCGAGUAGUGCAGUGCUGAAGUACACUAUCACACAUGAUCAGCUGGUGGAGUUGAUGUCUACUGAGGUCCCUCAAUCUCACAGGGGUAAAGGUGUUGCUGCACACCUGGCGAAGGCGGCUCUGGAUUUCCUUGUUGAAGAAAAUAUGAAAGCGAGGAUCUCCUGUUGGUACAUUAGGAAAUAUGUGGACGAAAAUCCACAUCUUAGAUACCAGGCUCAUAUUGAAGAUAAAUAAAGGCAGAAUUAAACCUUA